CAACUGCAGCGGUAAUUCGAGUUCGGAGUUCGGCCACAUUUGCAGGUCCGCUAGGUAUUGAAAACGCCAUGCAUCUCAACAGCACUGCUUCGUCUUCCCGGUGUCGUUCCAGGAUGACCGGACUUCUUCUUAUCUUCUGUUGUCUAACCGGCUCCAUCUUAGCCCAGACAUUUCAGUACUCUAGAGGAUGGACUAACGGACGUAAGCGUUCAGGGCCUUCUCCACAAAUGCUCAUCCCCUCAUCUGCUUCCGGAGAAAGACUUUUUCAGAAUACAGAUGAGUCCUCUGCCAUCUCCAACCCCUGUAGCCAACUGCAAAGGAUCAGGUUCCUCCUUGGAGCGCGCAACCCUCAACAGUUCUAUUUCCCUUGUGAGACAUGGACAGAUAUUUUUGAAACACCAUCUGAAGAGGUCAGCGAACGUUUUAGGCGAAAGGCUCAUCAAGAUUUUGCAGAAGGAAAUAACAUUGAAGGAAACUGAAGGUUGCUUUAGUCUGUAUCUUAUUAAAAACUGUAGUCUUGUAUACAUUCUUGACAGCAUUGUGUGUACAUCAUAUUUUGGUUUUUAAUAAAGAUAUGCAGCAAUUCGACGACUAUCCUAAUGGUAUACUGAGGUUUUAUAGAGCUGAUGUUAACUCAGUCUUAUACGAAAGCAGUGUUUUAAAAUUAAAAACAGUCUAUAAUAAUCCUGUAUUUUAAUUACCAUUAUAAUUACUUGAUUGUAAUUGUAAAUAUUUACAAAAUAGUUAUAUAAUGAUAGUUAUAAAUUAAGAAUAUAUGCACAUUAGCAAUGACUUCUUUUAUUAAUAUUAAAAUAUUUAUUCCUGAGUUUGACAUCUCAAAAACAAACAAAUAAUUCGCUCUCUCUUGUAUGGUAUGUUGCAGAAAUAAAAUGAAUACGGAUGCAUUCAAAUGAACA